AUGACAAAGGGUUUUACGGCGUCGCUGGUGGGCAUGAUGGUGGACGAGGGCAGGCUCAAUUUCACGACACAAGUCCAGGAGAUAUUUCCCGAGUUCCGCCGAGACGAUGCGCAGGCCAACAUCACCAUUGCCGAUCUUCUCAGUCACAGGACGGGCCUGGCUGCCUACGACGGGAUGUGGCCCAGCUCCGACAAUAAGAUUCUUCUGGGGCGGUCGGAGGCGAUUCCGAUCCUCAGCUACGUGCCGGCCGCUAGGCUACUGAGAUCCGACUUCAUCUACAAUAACAUCGCGUAUGAAGUGGUGGGCCAGAUUCUCGAAAAGGUCUCUGGCCAGAGCUACCUCGAGCUUCUGCACGAACGCAUUAUUCGACCUUUGAAUUUGAAUAGGACGUUUUAUGCCGAGGAAGCAUUCGACGAAAAUACGGCCAAGUCGUAUGCUGCAUUGAGCAACAGAUCCGUUUACGAGAUACCGACGUGGGGCCAUGGCAAGGACUUGUUGAUUGGAGCGGCCGGUGCCAUUCGCAGCUCCAUGCCGCAUCUCUUGAAUGGCCAAAUCGGUGUACCGAACAAGUCGUUGCGGGAAUACAGCUACGCCAUGGGUUGGAUUCGGACACAGCUGCCCGCUGUCGUCGACCUCUUUGCCGACUACGCGCCGCCCGUCCUGGGACACGGCUCCCCGUCGCGCCUCAUGAUACAUCACCAAGGAAACAUACCUGGCAACGUGGGUUACGUGGCGCUGUUCCCCGAAACGACGACCGCGGUGGUCGUGUUGGGGAAUUCGGCGGGCCUGACCGACACCAUGAGGCUUCUCGGCCAGAUUCUCGUAGAGACCGUCUUUGAAACUGACGUGAAUUCUACUCUGUACCUUGAAACGGCGCGCAGUGCCUCGUCCAACAACAUCCGAUUCGUAGCAAAGGUACGUCAAGAUUUAAUCAAUGGCAAGACGAUGCAGACGCCCCAGCGCCCGCUUUCGGCCUACGUUGGCCGCUACUACAACUCGAUUGGCAAUUUUUUCAUCGAGAUCAAUGAUGUAGGUGACAGGUUGCAAGUGGCGUAUAUGGGGGCGGACCACGGCACGUUCGACUUGGAACCGUAUCAAACGGACAGUUUCUUCUGGUGGCUAGACUUUGACGAAAGCGCAAAGAGGGCAAGGCUGCCGGGAUACCCGAAAGAGUACUUCAUCUUGCGGUUUGGCUGCUCUUCUGCUGCUUCCUUUUGGCACGUUGGGGGCGAUGUCGAGAUGGGAUGCGUGACGUGGAAGCACGGGUUUGGUGUGCCUGGGGAGGGCGAGAUCUUUCGAAAGGUUGAGAGGAAUCCAUGGGAUAGGUUGACUGAGCUGAAGUGA